UGUAUGUCGGACAGUCGAGAUAAAUACGGUCUAUUUGAUUAUAUCGUGUAUAAUAAGGACUGAUGGCUAAGUUUAACAUACUUUAUUCUCGUAAUCACUCUUUAAAAUAAGGAUUAAUGCCCAGAUGAGCUCAAAUGGAUGAGGAAAAUAUUCGCGCGCUGUUAAUUAGCGCUAAUGUUGGAUCUAUAUUCGAAGAUCCUGAUCAUAUGUUUAAACCAUGGAUGGAAGAAUUCACAAAAAGUAUUACGAAAUUAGAACCAGGUCUAAUAGCCAUUCAUUGUCAAGAAGUUGGAGGGAAAAAUUACGAAGCCUCCAUGCAGCAUGUUAAUCAAUUUAUAAAAAUAAUUCUUGGGUGUGAAGAAAUGCAGAAAUACGAUCGAGCCCGAGUAUUUUUAGAUGAGGACUAUACUGCAGCUGAUAAAUUCACGGCUCUGGGUAAUCUAUAUUUUAUACAUGAAUGCAUAGAAGAAGUUUCUAUUUGGGAUUUUGUAGAUUGUAAAUUUGUUCCUGUAGAAGGAAGAGAGGUUUUAUCGGGUAAUAUAGAAAAUAUUCCUAUUAAAGAAAAAGCCAAGUUUCCUCAACAUUUCUUUCCUGAGUUUAAAUGGUCGCGGAAGGGUUUUAUCAGAACGAGAUGGAGUAUCAAUAAUUGUGUGUUUGAUUUAAUCAACAUUCAUCUGUUUCACGAUGCCUCAAAUAUUGUAGCAAUGCAAUCUAGUCCAUCGUUGUAUAGCGAAAAUCGGCAGCAAGCAUUAUUACACACGUUACAGAGAUUUGAAAAUGAUAAUUAUGAAACGGUGCCAUUUUUCAUGUUUGGAGAUUUUAAUUUUCGAUUAGAUUCUCAUUUAUUAGUUAAGGCCAUCACAGAAAAAACUGAUUCUAGUGAAACCAGGGGUAAAAAAGAUCAAAUAACUAAAGUUGUAUAUAAAGAAAAGGAGAAUGGGAAGGUUGUAUUAACGGUGGAAACAAAAGGUUUUGAUUACCACGAUAAACACUCUGAUCUCUUCUACAACACCAGUAAAUGGUUACACCAGUAUGAUAAAGAGCCCAUUCCUUUAUUUUAG